AUGCAAUUCAAUAAACUCGUGGCAAGUCCCCGCGAUCAGCAUAGAGCAGUUGUUUUAGAACGAACCACAUUCCCGCCGUGCUCGAACUGCCAGAAACUGAGAAAAGAAAACACAAAACUGAAACUUGCCCUGGAGAAGUCGGGAUACCAGGAUCAAAACCGCCAAUACCGAGAAUACCUUCCUCCAACAGUACCUGUCAUGAAACAAGAGACAACGCCCAAUCCAUUCGUAACUCCUCGGGAAUUGUCACCGAUGACCAACGCAAGAGUAACAGAUUGGGAAGCGAUAUGGGCUGGGACACCGGACUUGAUCGCCACUCGGACCAAGCCAAGUAAGUUGUUAUUGAGGCCAGGUCAAGACCUUUCUGAUAACACUGAGGCUCUGCACAAGGAGAUCAGCCGUCUCAACAAGGAGCUUGACUACCGAAGUGCUGAGGCGCAUCUGUAUCGUCGGCGUUUGGGCGUGGCAACGCCAAAUACAUCCGGGUCACGAGGCGAUGUGUUCACUACCUCGAGAAACAGAAAGGGUGAUGAACAAGUGACAAAUGAUAAAGAAAAGGUUGGACAGCAGUACCAUAAACUGUUUAACACAGAAUGGGAUGCUGUCCUUCAAGUCCUGGAAGCUUCCGGUAUGGAAUAUAGGAAAUGCACAGAGUUGCUCUUCAACAUUUUGGUGGAGAUUUACCAGUAUGCAGAAAAAACAUCCCGGGAACAGCUCAACAAGAUUAUAGAAGGCACGAACGACAUUCUCUUGCAGUCGACAGGUGGCCGGCCGUUGUCAAGAUAUGACGUGAGUUUGGUGGGAAGUAUAGAGGCCAUGAUUUACCGUAGGAAGGUGUCCGACAGUACGGUAGCGGUCCUCACGAAGAUAUACACGGUGAAUGACGUAGAAGAAUUCAAGAAAAAAAACAUUUCACAGACGGUAAAGAAUAACAAAAAGAUCAUGACAUACGUCAGCAGGUGUGUUGAGGUCACGUGGUCCAUGUGUGUUCAAGAUCCUGCUAUGACAUUUGACCUCACGAGGAAGAAAGGUUACGCGUUUGACCUUUCUAGGUAUCAGUACUACAGAACAGAAGGCAAAGUCAUGGACUCGUUGGUGUGGCCCGUCUUGUUGGCAAGGGCACAGGGAGCUGUUGUUACCAAAGGAUGGGCAGACGCCGAGCCGAUAAAACCGAAAUGA